AUGCACUUUUCAUUGCAUGUAUGCUGGGAAGAAGCACCACUGUGCGGGAACUUUUGAAGCAUGGAGCUCAUGUUAACGAGUGUACUGCAAGAGGUUAUUCCCCACUGCAUUGUGCAGCUCUCUGGGGCCAGCUUGAGACAGUGAAAACUUUGGUGGACUUGGUGCUGACAUGCAGGCGAAGAACUUCCGCAGGGAGAGAGCCAUGGAAGUUGCCUCCCGUUAUUCUAAAAUGGAUUGUGCAGGAUAUCUUACUUGGGCAGAGGCUAAGCAGGACUUGCAGUCCUACAUAACACAUGUGAGAGACACCAUUGCUGACCCAGAGAAGGUUCAAGGGAAACUCAACAAGGAGGAUAAGAUCAUAUGUACAAACACCUGCUCAGUAAAGUCGGAUUGGAUCCAGAAUGCCAAGAACCCAUCUAUCCAAGACUUCAUUGAGCAGAGGAGACAUAUUGAGGACAUUAUUAUCCCCAUUCUGUCCAAGCUCACGACUCAACCUGAAGUCACAGCUAAAGCAAGCAAAAACUGAAGAUAAACAAUGUGUCACAAUCAAAUAUACUCAAAGAGUCCAGAGAAAGUCUAAAACGGUUAAACUGACCAAAGUGGAAUUUAUCAACCAUUGCAUGUACUAUCAAAAUAUUUUAAAUAAUAAAAUAUCAGAACCACCAUAA